AUGGGCCAAACUUUAAGCUCAGACGUUACUUGCGAUGCAUCAAGCAGCGGGACUUUCGCUUACGGCACCUACUGGAUCGGCUCCAGAACAUUCAACGCAAAUUGUGGUUUUGACACUACCGGUCCAGUCCUCCGCGUCACAAAUGCCGACUUCUACGACUGCAUAGAGGGCUGUGCGUCCGAUUCACAGUGUAAAGCAAUCUCAUGGGUUACCGGCACCUGUUAUCAGAAGAGUUCCCGUGGCAGUCUAGUCUAUUCCGACCACGGCGUGUCUUCCUUCAUCGACAUUUCCGCCACAGACCUCACCUGCCCCAACUCGAACGGCUUGGGAUACAACAAUUUUGUUGUCCAAUGUGGCGUUGAUUAUCCUGGACAAGGUGACAUUGGCUCAAGCUCAGAACCCGCCCUCAGCGACUGUAUCGACACAUGCGGCGGUACCCCCGAUUGUGUUGCUGUUGUCUACUCCGGCAAUGCAUGCUACCUCAAGGACAACACAAUUGGCACGCCCGUCCCGAACAGUGCCGUCUCAGGCGCCAUACUACAGAACUACGAACCAGCUCCACCGCCGGGACCAAACCCAUUCACCCCUCCGACUUGCCCUUCAUUCGAUGGGGCUACCUACAAUGGCUACCUCAUUGCAUGCGGUACCGAUUACUUCGGUGGCGACCUUACCAGCACCACUACAGACACCUUCGAAGACUGCAUCGCCGCUUGCACAGCCAAUGGCGCUUGCGUCGACGUCUCUUAUGUAUCCGGCUCGUGCUACCUGAAGAAUGUCCUUACAACGCCGACACCCGCAGGCAACGUCUGGAACGCAAAGCUCCUCAGCCCAGUCGUCAACCCGGUCACCACUCUCGCCUGCCCUGCCGCCGAUGGCACCUCGCAGAACGUCAACGGCGCUGAUUUCACUGUAGCUUGCUACACCGACUACCCGGGCGGAGACUACAGAAACCUCUACACCCAGGACUUCAGUGGCUGUCUGUCAGAGUGCGCGUCCGAUGCGCAGUGCACCGAUGUGGCAUGGAACCACGGCAGCUGUUAUCUGAAGUCGACCCUUGUGCCUGCUGUGACGAACGAGAAUGUCUGGGGUGCGAUCAAGGCAAUUGUUACUGCCCCGGUGGCGAACAUCACCACACCGGUGAACAGCAACUCGACUAACGCGACUUCUUUCGCCCCAGCGGACAGGCGUGUUCGUCGCAGACCCGUGCGCCUGGCGUACUAG